AUGGGAAGAGCGUCUUCAAAAGCUCAUUCCAUUGAUGACAAAAAGGAAGUUGAUUAUUAUCAAUCACUUAAUAUCGACUUUGACCAACUUGACGGUGCAAGAGAACGUUUAAGUUUACAACAUGAUAUAUUAAGAGAAAUUUAUCAUGGAAAUUUUUCUUCACCCAUAAGUAAUUUGUUACAAACUGGUGGUGCCAGGAUUUUAAAUAUUGGGUAUAAAGAUUGGUUUAAAGCAUAUCCUUCAUAUCCUUUCAAGGAACAAAAAAUCAUUUCUUCAUAG